AUGGAGCGGCUGCAAGACGGGUUGCGGAGUGAGGCUGCUCGACAGGACUUGGCUAGACAUCCAGCGGCAAGUCUCCUUUGGAAGCAGUCAAUCGAGCACGGACGUUCGACACCCCGCGGUCAACAGAAAUUCGCAAUGCUACCCGCUACGUCCAGGAGGACACAGCCCGAAGAACACCAGCCCGAUCUUCGCCGGUGCCUUCGAACCAGUGGCGACCUGCCCCGUUUAACCGAGGCCAGUGGGGACCGAGACCUAGACCUAGUUACAUGCCGCGAGCGCCGGAGCCCUAUGGACCGAUGA